AUGAGUGAUGCUAAUGAAGACCCAUCAAGAGAAUGCAUGGGAGAUUUCUCUAAUGAAGCCAAUGAAGAAGAUGUGAACUACAUUGGAAACUAUGGGAACAAGGGAUACAAUCCAAGCUAUCGCCCAAACCCCAACAUGUCUUAUAGAAACCCCAAUGUGGAGAAUCCUCAAGACCAAGUGUAUCCUCCAAGGUAUCCACAACAACAAAGACCUCCUUACCAAUCUCAAGGAACUCCUCCAAACCAACAAGGUGGAAGAUUUGAAGGAAUCCUCCAACAGAUCAUGGAUGGCCAGAAGAGAAACACUAAAGAGAUGUAUGAGAAGAUGGACACUUUGUUCAGCAAUCUCAACACCAAGUAUGAUGCUGUUGCCACUCAUGUGAAGAAACUAGAGACUCAAGUCACUCAAACUAUGGAAGCUGUUAAGAGACAGGAAGCUGAAUCCAAGAAGUCCUUUUGCAACUCAGCCGCCAUAGAAGAAAGAUUUGAAGACCAAGUUCCAGAAUGGAUGCUUUCAAAACCUACUGUUGAUUGCAUGAUUUGGCCUGAAGAGAAUUACCCAGAGAGAGAGUCCAAUCGAGCUAGAAAGAGAAGACUCUUCCCAAAGAUUAUCCCCAAGACAGAUAACUCAGGAAAGUUUGUUGUGCCUUGUAUCAUCAAAGGUAACAUUCUUGAGCAAUCUUUGUGUGACACAGGAGCCAAUGUGAACAUCAUGUCUAAGAGGAUAGCUGACAAGAUAGGCCUCACCAAGAUAGAGCCAUCAUCCAUCUCCAUCAACUAUGCUGAUUCAUUCUCACAAACCCCUAUGGCUUUGUGCCUAAUGUGA